AUGACGCAAUUGGACGAGUUGAUGAAAAACAGCCUGGCUACGAUACAAGACUUGACCCGGUCGAGAAGCGUGAUCGGUCAGAUUCGUGAUACACUGAUUGCCCAUGGCCUGUGGACAUCCGCAACGCCGGUGUCACGUUUGUUUGACCGGAUGUCGUGUGGAAUAAUGCUUACAGGCCUAGAUGCGGCCGGCAAGACGACUCUGUUGGAAAAGUACAUGUCUCAGAGCUCCGGAACCAACAUCGUGGCCGCCAUCCCACUUAUCGGCCUCCACGUUGAGGGUGUCAGAUGCGGCAGUACUUUGUUCUACGGCAUGGACAUUGGUGGUGGGCGCAGAAAGUUUCACAUGAAGCUAGAGAGGCGAUUUUUUCAGGCUUGUGAUGCAGCAGUUAUGAUUAUCGAUUGUUGGGACCGCGAUCGACUUCCCGAGGCUGAGGAAGAGUUGCUCCGCAUUGUCCUGGCUCCAGAAGGGCUCAAGCAUGGCGCACCGCUCCUGAUUCUGGUCAACAAGCAGCGUCUGCAACGAAACCCCCACUCACAACCUACACUACAUAAGCCAAUCUCAUGUUGGGAAGUCGAGCACCAUAUCGGCAAGAGCCUUGACCAGUGGCAUUAUAAAUUUGUUGAGACCGAUGCUAUCACUGGCGACGGGAUAGUCGAUGCGUUCAAGUGGCUACAGAGCGCGCUCAAGGGCCGAGCUGAAGAUGCGCUGCAGAAAGAGGCGGGCAGCCCAGUUGACGAGAAACAGCAGCACGUUAGCCUGGCGUAA